UGCGCCGAUAGGCGGCGCUCGUCUGAUCUUUCUGACGGAAGCGCGCUCGCGAGACGAGCCGGAGUGUUUACAAAGAGAAGAUUGUUUUGCUUAAAAUCUACGAGUUAAAGUUUAUUAGCUUAAUUAAGAGCUUAAACUUCAGUUGUUACUCUACAGUCCGCAUCGAUAAAAGUGAGAUCCAGUCAUGGCACAAAACAAAAGCGGCUACACUCGUUUUGAAAACCCUCCUCAUGUCUCCGGCGUGGAUCAGCCUCCGGCGUAUGAAGCCGCUGUUCCUCCGAACGCUGGCGUUCCCGUCGUUAUUCCCAUCGGACCGCCGUACCCUCCACCCAACGCUUUCGGGAACCCCAUGUACGGACCGGGAGUCUGUGGAUAUCCAGCGCAGCCGUAUAUGACCGAUCCACACAGCGGCGGAGCCUACGAACAACCGCUUCCAUACGAAGUGGCGAUGGGUGAUCCGGGACACAGCGAUGCUCCGCCGGACUACGACAACGAGCAGUUCAUCGGCUCUGGACUCGAUAAUAAAGCCGUCAGAAGACUGUUCAUCCGCAAGGUUUUCGCGGUCUUGAGUCUUCAGCUGGCCGUGACCUGCGGCUUCGUGGCCGUCUUCACUUUUGAGCCUCACGUCAAGCUGUUCGUGAUGAACAACGUCUGGACGUACUGGGUGGGCUACAUGGUCUUCCUCGUGCCCUACCUAGUGAUCCUGUGCUGCGGAGAUUUUCGCAGGAAGCAUCCGUGGAACCUCGUUUCUCUGAGUAUCCUGACGCUGGCGAUGUCUUACAUGGUGGGAGUGAUUUCCAGCUUCUACGACACUGAUAUCGUGAUGAUGGCCAUCGGCAUCACGGUGCUCGUCUGCUUCACGGUCAUCGUCUUCUCUCUGCAGACCAAAUAUGACUUCACUUCCUGUUACGGCGUGCUGUUCGUCUGCCUCAUCGUCAUGAUGUUCUUUGGGAUCCUGUGCAUAUUCAUGUACAACAGGAUUCUGGACCUCAUCUACUCGACGGUGGGCGCGCUGAUCUUCACCUGCUUCUUGGCCGUGGACACGCAGCUGCUUCUCGGGAACAAGAAUCUGUCCCUGAGUCCCGAGGAAUACGUCUUCGCCGCGCUCAACCUGUAUCUGGACAUCAUUUAUAUCUUCUUAUACCUUCUGCGGAUCUUGGGAAGAGGCCGUGGUUAAAAGUGCAGCGCUGGAGGAAGAAACACAUGCGAGCGGUUACAGAUGAAGCGUCUCAUUUACUUCUGUGUUUUACAUUUGCUUUCUUGUUUUCACUUUCAUAUGCAGAGAAGGCUACAAUGAAAGCGUUUGUCCGUCCUGAAACGUAAACGAUGUCCAUCAGUGCUAUUAAUAUAAUCAAGAGCAAAUGCACUGGAUCUUCCACUCUGUUUGUUUAUGUUAUCUGUUCUUGAUUUUUAUACAUUCUGUUUUUAUCUUAAGAAGGGAAUUUUAUCGACAAAUCCAUUUUGGACUUUUUUUCUCACAAAUGUGACCCUGCAGCACAAAAGCAGGCAUAAGUAGCACAAGUAUAUUUGUAGAAAUAGCCAACAAUACAUUGUAUGGGUCAAAAUUAUAAAUUUUUCUUUUAUGCCAAAAAUCAUUAUGAUAUUAAAUAAAGAUCAUGUUCCAUUAA